GUUUAGAGUUCAGUUGAUUUGGCGCGUUCCAGAUACGUAGACCGACUACGAAGUGGUUGUUAUUACGAUUUAAAUUUUUCGUCUCCUUUUUCAACACAAUUCCAUACAAAAUUGACGAUUCAAUUGAAAUACGCGAAUUUAAUUUGAAGCGAAAAAUGUUCAUUUUUUAUUUGCUGAUAGUUUUGUUCAGUGUUUUGUAUUUUUACAUAAAGCAUGUGUACAGUUUUUGGGAACGAACGAAAUUCCCAUACAUUAAACCGACGAUUCCCUUUGGUAAUGUGUCCGAAUGUUCGAUGGGCCGACAAUGUAUGGGAAUGAAUUUGUAUGACCUGUAUAAAAGUUCGAAUGAGCCAAUCGUUGGUAUUUAUUUGCUGUUUCGACCCGCGCUAUUGGCACGCGAUGCUGACCUCGUGAAAAAAAUUCUAUCAACGGAUGCCAACAGUUUUUAUGAUCGUGGAAUUUAUCACAAUCCAAACGAUCCCAUUGCUAAUAACAUGCUCAUGAUGACCGGCCAAGAAUGGAGAACAACUAGAGCAAAGCUGACACCAACAUUUACAUCGGGCAAACUCAAGAGCAUGAUGCCGGCAAUCAUCAGCAUUGGUGAACGAUUACGCAAACAAGUGGCGAAUGCUGCCGACACAAACGGUUCUAUUGAAAUUAAAGAUCUGACAAUUAGAUUUGCGAUGGAUGUGGUUGGCACGGUAGCCUUUGGAUUGAAUGUAAAUACCAUUGAAGAUGCAAAUGAUCCAUUCCGAGACAUUGAAAAACUUGUAAACAAUGGCGAAAUAAUCAAUAGAUUACGGUUGAUUGGAGCGUUCUUUUGUCCAAAGAUACUCGAUGUGCUUCGAAUGUCAUCGUUAUCCGAUGAAUUCAAAUCGCAUAUGGUUAAAAUUGUAAACGAUACGAUGACGUAUCGGGAAGAGAAUAAUGUGACUCGCAAAGAUUUCAUUCAAUUGUUGAUGGAAUUACGGAAAACGGGCCAAGUGAGAGGUGAUGAUGAUGCAGAAAUAACCGAACAAUCAAAGAAUAAUCCCAAGGAAUUCAUGACAAUUGAACAAUGUGCAGCACAAGUGGCUCUGUUUUAUUUGGCUGGCUUUGAUACAACGGCUUCAGCAGUUGCGUACACCUUAUUUGAAUUGUCGCGAAAUCCAGAGCUGAUGCAACGAUUACAUGAAGAAGUUGACGAAGUACUGGAACGACAUAAUAAUGUCAUUUCGUAUGAAAGUAUCAACGAAAUGCCCUUUUUGGAACAUUGUGUUAUGGAAUCAUUGCGCAUGUAUCCAACGCUACCGUUUCUCAAUCGUAUCUGUACGAAGGACUACCCAAUACCAAAUACGGAUUUAGUGAUCAAAGAAGGAACUCCAAUCAUCAUUUCACACCUUGGUCUCAUGAGAGACGCCAAAAACUUUCCUGAGCCGUUCAAAUACAUGCCGGAUCGAUACUCGGAGGAUAAUCCAAAUUACAAUCCAGCUGCAUUAAUUCCAUUUGGUGAUGGUCCUCGAACAUGCAUUGGGUUAAGAAUGGGAAAAAUGGUAACAAAAAUCGGCCUGAUCAUGCUCCUGCAGAAAUACGACUUUGAAUGCUUGAAGAAAGGCGAACUGGAAUUUGACAAUCAUUCUGUGACGCUGGUCCUUCGAGGUGGAAUCGACUUGAACGUUUUACAUAGAAAAUAGACGUGCUGUGCAAUGUGCAUUCUUUCAUAGUGAAGUAAUGCCAAUUCUAAUGAAUGUACAGUGCAAUUUAAAUUUAUUGCUUUUUUAUUAAAUAAUCAAGUAGAAGCAAUACUGACUACAAUAGGUGAAUUAUCUAUUCAAAUAAACGAAUCAAUAGCUCUUAUUAAACAUAGGGAAGUUUUACAAUCAAAGCAAUAUGAUUCAUUGAAACUAACUAAUUGCGAAGAAAAAAAAACGGAGAAAAAUCUGCCUUGGCAUAUCUAACGAAUGCGUCGUCAUUUUAUGAAUGCAUUUUUAUAUCUUGGAAUCUUCAAUGUUGUUGAACAAGAACAAUAGAAUUUCAUGUAGUUUUUAAACGAAGCGAAUGAAAACUUUGUGGAAUGCAUCGUGUGCCCCACCAUUAGUAAAAAACAACAUAAACGAACAAAAUAAAAUUUUUGAGGAAGGAAUUACAAUAAAA